AUCUAACAGUUUAGCGUAGCGAAGUGGGCCAAGUGCACUUUCUUCUCUAGCCGCGGCGGACGGAAGCACCAGGUAAACAAAACAGUCCGUCCAAAAGCGCCAUCGGUUUCCGAACGACCUGCUGCACUCCGAGGUCGUUUUUCGAUAAGGACCCACCUAAUAAGACCCACUCGAUAUCGACCAAAAGACCUGUUAGCACCGCCAACAAACCAGUUGCUUUGUUUUGUUUUUUUUUUCGCUCUCAAACCUUCCCGGCGCCCGCGAAGUGGUUCUAUCUUCUAAAUUGUGCUUCUAAGUUGGAAAUGAUACGUCGCUCUUUCUUCGUUAUCUUCUUGGCCUCCUUGCAGCUGUGCCAUGGAGGUCCACCCAAGGUCGAGACCAAGGUGAUGCUGCUGGACUCUUACAUCCCAGCGGCCAUGCAGGUCAUAGCCCACCUGACGGAGUCCAUGAAGUACGACCUGAAGCCUCCCUCCACAACCACCCCUUCACCGGCACGACCCUCGGACACGACCAAACCCACCUCCACCCACAGACCCGGCAUAUACGCCCCAGAGGUCCCUCCAGGUCCAGACAGCUACGAGAAGCUGGGUGAGCUGGAAAACUACGGCGAAGAACUAGCGUCGUCGAAGACCUUCUUCAGCAUCCCCAAGCUGCAGGCCUACCUCAACGUGGAAACGGAGGAACUGCCCGAGAACCUCGAGAAUCUCAUCGGCGUCGGCCCGGCGUCGCUCGUCAAACUCGUACAUUCCGAAGACGACGCCCCAGCUUCUUCGGAUCCGGAGGAGCAGGUUCGCGUCCUGCUGAAGAACCUCGACGAUUCGGAAUUCAUCAGGGCUUAUCUGGAGAAGAACAAGAGGGCGCCGCCUACCAAGGCGUACGUGACGUUGCUGUCGCUCUACGAUCAACUCAGCAAGGACGCCAAGAGCCAGGGGUACAACAAGUUUCAGGGUUAUCAUCAGCAUGUUUUGGUAGAACUGUCGAAGACCUCCUCAGGCACGGCCGCCGACCAACUCAAGUUCGUCCUGGAGAAGAUCCUGACGAAUCAGGAUUCUAAACAGCCGGAAGUCAAGAGGAAGAUAUCGGCGCUUCUGGAAGACCUCAAGACCGACAACAGCUACAUCCACAAGGCCCUGUUGUACAUCCCGCCCCUUCAGUUCAGUAUUUAGGUUGUGAUCGAGAUUUCUAUAAUAAUAAAAAAAAAGUUGGCAAGAAGUC